AUGAACGAAGCCAAUUUAACAUUUAUUUUGUUUGAAUACCGUUUUACAAUUUGGAUUCAUGAAAUUAGCAGAAAAUUCCCUCGCUUAACAAACCUUUCAGAUGCUUCCAGCAGAGCAGGUUGCAAAGGCAAACUUAAUCCCUGGCGAACAGCAGCAACAAAACAAAAAGAUGAAACUUUAACAAUUUGGAUUGGUUUCAGUGAACUUAUCGUCACCUUUCAUAUGAGGCCCCAGUUAGUAAUGUUGAGCAAAAACGUGACUCAAUUUGCGAAUGAUAAAAUUUUAGCAAAUUCUCAAGAUUUGUGUUACUGCUUUUUGUUUGAAGUGCUUUUCAUGAACAAGAAUUUUCCAUCACAAGUUAUGCUGAGGUGCCGAUGGAAUUCUGGUGCUUUGUUCUCAGAGUGCACAGAAUCUUGUGUAUGGUGGAAUAUCAAGUUGAUGAAGAACAACACAUGA